ACUUGAACACUGCGUAACAUGUAUGAACAGCAGAUUCCUGAUCUGAUCCCAAAAACUUGUGCACAAUAGAUCGGUACCGUCGUAGGAAGGGAACAAGUUCGAGAAAUUAUGCUGAGCGACGACUUCAGUCUUACCAGCGCUAGCGAAGAUUUCUUCGAUGUCAGCCACAUGAUAGGCAUCCAGGAUAAAGACAAAUAUACAGGGGCUAUCACUGUUGUUUCAAAGUUUUUAAAUCCCAAUCUGAAAUAUUACACGCCACGAGUCAACCAUCAGCUGACUUAUGUCACUGAUAAAUGGCUAGGUGAUUUAAAGGAACCCAAGGUCAUUCCCCAUCUAUUCCCUUUCGUACAAUCCAUGGUAGCAAAAGCUAGCGUUAGCGUUUUCCUUGGUGAGGUACUUGCCCAAAACGACAGUCUCUGCGAAAGUUUAGGAAGCAUCACCAGUGAGGUUGGCGCAAAUUUAAGACAAAACUGGCUCAUGAAAACCUUCCCUACGUUCAAUAGCUUAUAUCAACGAUAUAUUUUCCCUCACAAAAAAUUCGUAAGCCAUCAUCGCAUGAAUGCCAAGAAAUACAUCAUACCUGAAGUCGAAAGGAGAUUGAGAGAACAGAAUACCCCCGGCUAUGAACGUCCGAACGAUAUGUUACAAAAUCUCAUGGAAAUGUAUCCUGCUGAUGGAGACUAUGGUGUUCCCUACGAAGAUUAUGUGAUUAACUGGACCUUCCUGCUCGUUUUUGCAUCCAUCCACACUACAACCGAAAAUACCACCAUGGUUUUGUAUUGGUUGAUGAAAUACCCCCAGUAUAUUGAUGAGCUAUUGGAGGAGCAGAAGGAGGCUAUUGAAAGCGAAGGCACUAAAGGUCAAGAUCCCGAGCUGUCGUUUGAUGUGAUCAAGAAGCUCGUCAAGCUUGAUAGUUUUGUACGAGAGGUACUUCGACAGCGAACGGUCGGUUUAAGCUUGCAACACAAAAAUAUCAACAAGCAGGAUAUCGAGUUGAGCAACGGUAUCAUUAUCCCAAGUGGCGAGCAUAUUUACUUCAAUUCUUGGGAUGUCUCUCGUGCGACUGAUCUGCAGGGCGAGGAUGCGGAAGAUUUCCAACCUUGGCGAUUUGUUCAAUCUAACAAGCAGGCUGUGCGAAUUGGUGAGGAUCAUAUCACCUUCGGCAUGGGAAAACACGCCUGUCCAGGACGCUUCUUUGCCGUUCAAGAAAUUAAGACGAUAACAUCCUUGCUAAUCUCAAGAUAUAAGAUGAGCCCUGUUACUGAUAUAUCACUGCCAUCUACACUACGCGGCAUGCCUAUGGGAGCCAUCAAGUUUGAAAAUCGUGAUAAUUAGUACUGAAACCUUUUUUUAUAAUAUGAUGCUACAAAUACAGAAAUAUUGCCAAAUUUAUACAA